AUGGGGCUGUGCACGCUCAACUCGAAAUACCAAUUGCAGAUAAUUGCAGAAAUCGAAGAUAUGCUAAGCAUCAACCCUCUGGAACUUAUUUACAGCAAUGAGGAUCCGGCUACAUAUUUGCACUACAGUGGAACCAGAAUAACUCCUGACUUACUCCUGGCUUCAAGCGAUAUCAGCGAGCAUGAACUUCACACAAGUACCCUCAACUUCAACCAACAUCCUCACAAACUUUGCAAUGAUAUCACGAAUAUUAUGAUCCGAUGUGCAAAGUAA